ACAGUCCAGUGAAACAAAGACACACUGAGAUGAUGUUCGAUUUUCUGAGGCACAAAUAAGUAAGGAUGCCAAACUGAGGAAGGAAAAGGAAAGUAAGACCAUGGAGGGUGACAUCUCAGGCCAGGAAGAGGAGACGUUUACUGACAUCUCGCUGGCAGAAGACAGAGUGGACAGCAGACCUGCAGCCCUGUAUACUAAGCCGGAGAACGAGCUUUUUAUCAUGAACUGUGAUAUAGAUGGGGACAUGGAAAACCAGGUGGAGAUGGAGGAGAAGACGAGGCUUAUAAAUCAGGUGUUAGAGCUUCAGCAUACACUUGAAGAUCUUUCUGCGCGCGUGGAUGCAGUGAAAGAGGAGAACUUGAAGUUGAAGUCGGAGAACCAGGUCCUCGGGCAGUACAUUGAGAACCUCAUGUCUGCGUCCAGCGUCUUUCAGACCACCGACACCAAGAGCAAACGGAAAUGAGGACAUCCUGUCUCCUCCAACCACCUGACAUGUCGGUGAGCUGCUGGAACAAACCGGAAUCUAUCACGAAAACUAUUGGCGCUUUUUAAAAAUUAUUUAUUGUCCUGUUUGGAAGUCAUGUCCGCCGCACAUUGCAUGAUCUUGUUUUGUUCUACUGCCCAGCUGUUCCUGUAAAAUGUUUAUUAUUGUUAUGGCAUGUACACCUAAUUGCCACUUUUGUUAAUUCAUUAUAGUCUUCAAAUAAAACUGUAUUAAUAAGUUGUCCGUUUUUAACCGUGCUGGAUACAAAAUAAAUGAGUGAAGUGCUGAAUAGAUUUUAAGAGACAGGAAGUAGGGAUGAGAUGCUUUCUACUGUGAGGCUGCCAGAAUAAAAGCAUUAUUGAUUAUUAUGGAUACAUUCAAGGCUGCCUGCAAAUGAGAGGGAAGGUGCUUAGAAAAAAGGUGUGUCCAUUAAAAAACAAGCAAGAACACUGCAAAAUUUUACUUUUUGUCCAAAUAUUUUUUUACUUUGUGUGUUAAUAAUAAGAAUGGGCGUAAAGUAGGGGUGUAACGGUACACAAAAAUUUCGGUUCGGUACGUACCUCGGUUCAGAGGUCACGGUUCGGUUCAUUUUCGGUACAGUAAGAAAACAACAAAAUAUACAUUUUUGGGUUAUUUAUUUACCAAAUUUGCAAAAUCUUCCUCCAAAAAUAUUUUUCUUAGUGGAAUAUUUGAUGUGAAGUAAUCGGAACCUUGGAUAAUCAAUAAUUCAUUCUAACAUUGAUUUUGAUUCAAUAUUAUGUUUUGAGCAAUGACAGUUUGAAAGAAAGAAAAAAACAGCUUUGUUUUAUUAGUCAACAUUGCAACUUUUUCUAAAUUACAUUUAACCUUUUUUAUUUCACUUUUGUUAUGUUUUUGUUUAUUUUAAUAGUAUUUUUAGAAUGUGCCGUGGGCCUUUAAAACAUUAGCUGUGGGCCGCAAAUGGCCUUUGGGGCACAUUUUUGACACCCCUGCUAUAGAUAAUAAAAAAUUAAAUCUGAUAAAUCUCCGGAUAAAAAGCAGAGCCUGGCGACGUUUAUCAUAACUCUCUCGCUCUCUCUGUCUCUGCCCCUCCCUCACCAAUGCUGCUGUGCGCACAAUUUGUUUUGUUUUUAACCCCUUCUUAACCCUGAACGUACAUUGAAAAUACACGCAACCCUAACUCAAAAUGCCGGACAUUUGAGGUACUUAAGAAACUCCGCCCUGACAGCUCCGCAAAAGAGGACAUGUCCGGUGAAAAGAGGACGUAUGGUCAGUCUAUCGUAGCCCGUUAGCUGCUAGCAUGCCGUGUGUUAUGCCUCGGUGUGGAUUGUUUACACAACGUGCGGUACGCUACUUAAUAUGUCCAUGUGGAAACUUGUUCGGUACACCUCCGAACCGAACCCCCGUACCGAAACGGUUAAGUACAAAUACACGUACCGUUACACCCCUAGCGUAAAGGGAUCGAUAGCUGGGAUUCAUUAAGUUAUUUUGAUAUGUUUAAGUUGUAGUAAAUGUUUUGAGUACAGUAGAUAUCCUGCACUGUUCCUUUCAUUUUGUUUUUAAUAAAAGCUCAAGAUCA